AAUCCAUGUUCUAGUGAUCCCUGUGUCCAUGGUGCAACCUGUUUUAGUGGAUUUACAGACAAGAGAUACGUUUGCCUGUGUCAAGCUGGUUACGCGGGAGAAAAUUGCGAAAAAGCGCUUCCAAAAUCUUGCAGCGACUUAAAGAAGCUCGAUCCUAAUACAAAAAUUGGACCAUGCCUAAUUGAUCCCGAUGGCGAUGGAGGUCUGUCGGCAUUAAAUGUCACCUGUGACAUGAGUGACAAGGACGGUGUUGGCGUGACCGUAAUAAGUCACGACAGCGAGAACAGGACACUGGUGGACGGAUACGAAGAAACGGGAUCAUAUUCACGUGACAUACAUUACAAAGGAGCAAACAUUUCUCAGCUGGUGAACCUCAUCGACAUUUCCCAACACUGUGAGCAGUUCAUAAAGUACGAGUGCCUCGGUUCUAAUUUGAAAGAUGGCUUUUGGGUCUCACGUGAUUCUGUGGCAAUGACCUACUGGAGUGGUGCAACACCUGAAAGUCAUAUGUGUGGAUGCGGAAUUACCAACACAUGUCCACAACCAGGUAACCCAGCAGACUACUCAGUGCACUGUAACUGUCAUAUGAAUGACAAUGUAUGGCGUGAAGAUAGUGGUGUCCUUACUAACAGGACUCAUCUGCCGGUUAAACAGCUGAAGUUUGGAGAUACAGGUGUUAGCCAUUUAGGGGACGAUCUACACGGGAAUAACGAGAAGGGCUACCAUACCUUGGGAAAAUUCAAGUGUUACGGAAUCGCCUAAUUGUUCAAUUAAUGUUGUUCUUUCCGUAAACAAUACUGUGAUUUUUGACAUGUGUCUAAUGAAUGUGAGAUCGAUCGAUUCAAUUACUUAAUCGUUCAUUUAGUUUGAAAAGAUGUGAUCCAUGGGCCCGCCAUAAUGUAAUUUGGUAAGCUGGAAACUCAUUUAACCCUUUUAUGUGAAGACAAUGUAAACUUCCAGAAGAGGUGAUUAGUGACAAACGCAGUAAUAAUAAGUUAUUUUGGGCAGUAUUGAAAGCAUCGAAACUUUUCGCUAGUAUUGAUAUUCUCCGAUCAGACCUCUGUACCGCCAGUAUCGGAUAUUUGGUAUCAGUAUUGACCUAUCCUUAUAUUAUUUAACGGUAGUCAAUCAUGCAUGUGCAAAACAAAUAGAUUCAAUGUUGCCUGGUGUGCUGUGCCUGGUCAGUAAUAGAUAGUAGAAUGAUAAUACAAGCCGCAACCGCCGAGAGUGUCACUUAAAUUUUGAAUUACUAUUCAGCUGAGGAGCUUUUUAUCGGGGGGACUUUUUCUAAACUUUUUUAAAUGAUAAACUAGCGAGUAGCAUUGCACGAACUGAAAUUUAAAAAGACUUGAUUUAUUCUUUUAUGCGUUUCGUCUGACAAUAGCAGACUUCGUUUGGGGAUUUUUAUAAGUAGGGGAUCUAUUGUGUGAAGGAAGCAGGAAGUAAGAUAAGUUUUAAUAUUAGUCAAACAUUCGCUUAACAAAUAGAUUUCAUGUUGCCGUGCUUCUAUUCGGCAAUAGAUCACGGAAUGACGGUGGCGUAUGAGGCACACGAGAAACAGCCGAGAGUGUCGCUUAAAUUUCUGUUAAAUGUUCAUUCAGCUUGUGAAUGUUACAUCGGGGAUGAUACAAUUUUGUGUAUGGAUAACAGUAUUAUUUAUUACAGCAUUCACAAUUCCCUAGAGUUUGAUUACUGGAUAAACUGCCUUAUUUUUCACUAACAAUACCAUAAAGUUGUAACUGGAUAGUGUAAUCGUCUAGAAUCGUAGAGUUACAUCGACCAAUUACAUUGAGCAAACUUACGUGAAGCUACUAUUAACAGAGUCUGACUUGAUUACAGUAACCAUAGUAAUGGCUUACCAUCCCAAGCCCAAUUAUAGGAAGCUGUGUCUAGAGCUUUUCGGAGUCUGUUUAUCUGCGGGUUAAAUGUUUAAAGAUUGGAAUUACAAGCCCUACUUUCAAAGAAUAAAUUUUGACAGGACUACGUGUCGUCAAACUCGGUCAGUGAUCAUUUCCAUGUUUGACAAAUCGGACUCUUGCCUCGCGGUCCUCCGAUUUGGUUU